ACACUAUUAUUUUAUUUUGUUUUAUUUUUUAUUAUUUUUUUUUUUUUUUUUAUUAUUAUUAUUCCGUCGUCGGCUCGUACUCGCUCGCUGCACGGGAUCCGUGUGCGUGGAUUGUACGCCGUAGCAGUGACAACAAUAAUAGUAUAAUAUUUCCGUAACAGUGUUAACAUUUCUUUCUUUCUCUCCUUUUUUUUUUUUUUCUUUCGUUUCUGUCUCUCGUUCCUCCGCCGCGACUUUUCUCCCGACAUCACCCUCGUUCACACUCGUUCCCUCCGAUGAUUUCUUGUUCAAUCUAUUUUAACUUAAUUAGUAGUCCGCAAUAAGUGGACGAGCGCGCGAUCCGUCGUCGCAGCCGCAGCCGCCGCCGCCGCCACCGCCGCCGCCGCCGCUGCUGUCGUCGUCGUCGUCGUCGUCGUCGUCCGUGUUCUACUCUGCACGCAACACCCAAGUGUGUGCACUCGGUCAGUGGACGACACGCGCGUCAAAGUCGAAUCGUCUCCGUCGUCGGACAACAAGCCGCACUCUACGAAGUCCGUCGUGUUCUCACUGGUUCUUUUUUCGCUCCGCACUAUCUCACUGUCUCUUUCCAAACGGGUAGUCAAACAAUACCCAUCACAUAGAUUAUCACUCUUUUAACCUAUGCACGUACGUGCAUAAAAAAUCAUUUACAUAUUAUUAUCGUAUGUAACAUUGUUAACGGUGAUCGCGACGACCCAACAAUAUAAUAUACACCGUUUCCGCGAGAUAUGACAACUGCUGGAAACAACAACAAUAACAUCGCGAUCGACGAGACACCAUCGACUACCAAGAGUACUUAAAUGCCUGCGUGUUUAGGUACGCGACACCUGAACAGCAAUGAGUAUCACGGUAACCACCGUUAAUCCUGUAUCGACAAUUAAAGAGAUGCCUUUGUCUCGUAGCCGACCGCAUAUCCUGUUGUCCAACAACAAUGGCGCGUCGAGUGCGUCCAAUGAUUCUUGCAUAUCACAGUCGGACUGCAGCAGUGAUCACCUGCCAUCUCUACUCAAGUACUCCCAGAUACUCGAGAAGUCCAAUUCUGCUGCAACUACCAAGUUAGCCAAGAAGUGUUCAAAGCCAUCCAACCUUGACAUUAUCGUAGACAAAGCACCGAGCAACAUAGAUUUAUACGUAGAGAAUAAGGACGCAUUGUAUGGUGUCAGCAAAUCUGCCACCACUUGUCUUCAACCGAUCAACAAGCAAGACGAGUCGAGUAGUACUCAAAAUUCUAAAGUAACGUCUUUGAGCAAACCGAAAAAAAAGGGUUUCACCCCUGACUAUGUGUCCACUAAAUACAGUAGCAGCUUAAGCAAAUUUGAAAAAAUGGAAAUAUUUGGUUUUCCUGAGAUAUACUUUUUCGGCAUUGAAGCUGACAAGAAACAACGACCAUUUAAUGGAACACAAUCAUUAUUCGACAACGAUCAAGGUGGCUAUGUUUUUGUUCCUCAUGAUCAUGUUGCUUAUCGAUACGAGUUGCUCAAAGUAAUCGGUAAAGGCAGUUUUGGUCAAGUAGUCAAAGCGUAUGAUCAUAAACUCAAUGAACAUGUUGCACUCAAGAUAGUCAGGAAUGAGAAACGUUUUUAUCGUCAAGCCCAAGAAGAAAUCAGAAUAUUAGAACACUUGCGUAAACAAGAUGUACAUAACUUAAUGAACAUAAUUCAUAUAUUUAAUAGUUUUACAUUCAGAAAACAUAUGUGUAUCACUUUUGAACUGCUAUCUAUCAAUUUGUAUGAACUUAUAAAGAAAAACAAAUAUCAAGGGUUCAGUCUUCAAUUAGUGCGAAAAUUUAGCCAUUCACUACUAGUAUGCUUGGAUGCUUUAUACCGUAAUAAAAUUAUUCACUGUGAUAUGAAACCAGAAAAUGUUCUCUUGAAGCAGCAUGGUCGUAGUGGCAUCAAGGUUAUUGAUUUUGGUUCAAGCUGUUUUGAACAUCAGAGAGUGUACACAUAUAUCCAAAGUCGUUUUUAUCGAGCACCUGAAGUCAUUCUAGGUGCAAAAUAUGGACUACCAAUUGAUAUGUGGAGUUUGGGUUGCAUUCUUGUAGAACUGUUUACUGGUUUUCCAUUAUUUCCAGGUGAAGAUGAAACUGACCAAUUAGCUUGUAUCAUUGAACUUCUUGGAAUGCCACCUAAAAAACUAUUAGAUGCAUCAAAGCGUGGUAAUUACUUUAUAAGCUCUAGAGGGUAUCCAAGAUAUUGUUCCCAGACAACAUUGCCCGAUGGCUCAACCAUUCUCAAAGGUAGUAUAUCGCGUAAAGGAAAAGCACGAGGACCACCUGAAUCUAAAGACUUAUCAAAAGCGCUCAAAGGCUGUGAUGAUCCACUGUUCAUGGAUUUUAUAACUCAGUGUUUGGAGUGGGACCCUGAGCGCCGUAUUACACCUGCUAUGGCGUUAAGGCACAGUUGGUUACGUCGCAGACUGCCCCGCCUUCCAGCCGCUGAACAUCAGCAUUAUUCACAAGAAAGUACUCCUACUAGUUUACGCGUAAAAUUGUCAGAGUCAAAUCAUCAUCAGACUUUGCCUAUGCAUUCCAGGAACUCUCAGAUAUCGGGUAAAUUACCCCAGAUCACAUCUACAUGUAUAAUGUAAAAAUUAUCCUCUUAAAAUAUAUUAUACUAUGGUUGUAAUUCCUGAAUGAAAGUUAAAUUUAACUUAGAUGUGUAGAUAGAUUUAUUGAAGAACUAAACCUUGUGAAUUAUUUGUUGAAAUAUAGGUAUUUACCGAUUUUAGGAUCUCUAGAUCGGCAUAAUGUUAUGUUUGUCUCAAUUAUAUUUUAAGAUUUUUUUUUACUCCAGAAAUUUGAACUCUGACAAUUAUUUAUAAUUUUAGAGUAUGUAUACAUUUUUUUUACCUACAAAUUUGAAUACUUAGAUAACAUUAUAAGUUUGUAUUUGUAGUUUAAUCCAAUUGACUUGGCUGCAUACUCGAUUGUAUUUAAAUUUUAGAUUUUAUUAGUAAUACAAUUAUGUAUUAAAAAAUUAUUCUAAGUUGACUCAAUAUUAUGUUUUUCUAACUUUUUUGUUUAUACCAAAUUUAACCCAAUGAUUUAUGAAUGUAUGUGAAAUCAACUAUUAUGUUACAAAUUUUUCUUUGUCC